AUGCCAGAUUUACCAUCACCUUCUUCUUCUCGUUCAUCUACUUCAACUACACAUAAAAUUCAUUCAUUUACAACAAAUUCAUUUCGAAAAAUCAAUCUUUCAGGUGGUCCAUUUAAUGUUAAACUUAAUCGGAUUUUAGAUUCAAUUGAUAAUUCAUCAUAUGUUGAUAUUGAAGCUACUGAAUCAAUACAUCCGUUAAUAUUAGUUGAUAUUAUACAAAAUGAUAUACUUUUUAUUCGUAUGAUUGAUAAUUCAAAUCUUAUUAAUAAAACAAAUAUAACAAUAACAAUAAAUUAUAAUGAAUUAAUUGAACUUAAUAUUGAUGGUAUAAUUAAUAUACAAUGUUUAAAUAAAAUUCAAACAGAUAAAUUUCGUUUAUAUAAUCGUGCAAAUGGUUUAACUAAAUUAAAAUUAAAUGUUAAUACACUUGAUGCUUAUCUUCAUUCAAUUGGUCGUGUUAAAUUAUGUGGACAAGUUAAUUAUGAAGCAACAUUACAAGCAUUAGGUGUUGGUGAUAUACAAUGUCAAAAUUUAUUCACAACAAAAAUUAAUGUUAUAUCAAGUGGUAUUGGAAAUAUUUAUGUAACAGCAACAGAUGAAAUCAAUAUAACAUUAAGUGGUAUUGGUACUGUUUAUUAUGCAGGUCCAUUAAAACAAAAAAUGAAAACAGGAUUAGGAAAUAUAAUUCAAAUGCAAGAUUUUUCAUCAAUAGAAGACGAAUAA